ACACUUUUUUUCUGCCACUCCAUUCUAGCAUUCCAGGCACCCAAAGCAACACCACAAACAGAUUCAUUAAACCACAAUGCAGCCGAUGUGUCGAUUUUGGCUGGCCCCAUACUUUCACCAGAGUUCAGUUUGUGCAAGUCGUCCUUCUAUUCAACACAUUUUUCUUCGUUUCCAACGUUCCAAACACAGCCUUGCACCAUCGGCACCAUUUCGACCACUUGCCUUUUAUGCCCUACACGCCCUCCCAGAAACAAGUCUACCUUCGCUAGAAUCAAACAUACGAAAUCAAUUGAAAAAAUUGGAUACUGUAGGGCGAAUUUAUCUGGCACCGGAUAGUGGUAUUGGUGGCAUCAACGCACAAUUAUCCGUACCGGUACAUCAAGUUUCCGCUGUACAGUCGGUUUUUGACACAUUGCCACAGUUCCGUGGUGUCUCCUUCGAGUACAACUACGGUAUGGAGGAUACAGAGAAACCAAGCUUUAGAAACCUUAAAGUUCUGCUAAAACCGCAUCUGGUGGCCGUCGGAACAGCUGUAAAUAAUCGCGAUCUCUCAAAAAAACCGAUAUAUCUCACUCCAGAUCAAUGGCAUCAACAACUAUCUAAUUGCGACAAAGAUACCCUACUAAUAGACAUGCGCAAUCACUACGAAUAUGAUGUUGGACGCUUCAAGAAUGCUACGAAGAUGAACGUGGAUACCUUUCGUGAUAGUUUAAAAGUACUAGAUGACUUAGUAGCCUCUCGGGAGAAAGAUGAAGCGAUCUACAUGUAUUGUACAGGAGGAAUCCGUUGUUCGGUUGCUGGAGCAUAUAUGACCAACAAAGGAUAUACAAAUGUGAACAUGCUCAAAGGCGGAAUCACCAAUUAUGGGCAUUAUAUCAACGAGAACAAGGUGGAAAAUUCGUUAUUUCGAGGAAGUAAUUUUACAUUUGAUGGGAGACGAGGUGAGCGGAUAACCGACGACGUGCUGGCACAUUGUCACCAAUGUGGCGCUCCAUGCGAUGUGUUGAGUAAUUGCGCCAACAAGCUGUGCCACCUGCUCUUCAUCCAAUGUCCUUCCUGUAAACAGAAACAUGAAAAAACCUGCAGUUCGGAGUGCUGUGAUGUGGUACAUGGGCGAAAGGAGUGGAGCCACGAGUACAACUACCAUGCGCAGAUUCGUCCUUCCAGCAAAAUCCAUGCCUCUCUUGAAUAAAGAGGUGUACUGAUAGACAUUACUGUAAUGCUUGUGUAUAUAGGAAAUAGACUACUUGUGUGGCGUGCUUGGUUAUGUACCAAUGUAAUAUGUUUGACAUAGAUCAUCUAUAUCCUCUGAUUUGAAAUAAACACGGCUAUUUAUGAUGUGACAGAGAUCGAAUCACACAAAGCCAUA